AUGUCUCUUCUUCUCAAAUCCACUUUACUUGCAUCGGUUGCUGCGGCUCAGUUAACAACCUCCAUUUGGAUGCCUGGAGCAGCAAAUGCCAAUCAGAGUUUCGUCGGAUCUGUUGUCUCCCUGCAGAAGGAUCGCACUACCAUUUCAAUGGCCUUUGAUGGCGAGGCUAUUGAAACAGAAUACUACGGAUCAGGCCCUGAUCUUGUGACAGUAGGAGGCACGACCUAUGUGGCUUACGAGGCAACUGCAAUCGACGAGGAGGGCUCCGUUACAGUCACUGUGAGCCUUGCCUGCUCGCGAGCGGACGGCAGCGCGGUCCCAACCUGCACGGCUGCCACCAAAAUCGACGGCGCAGCAGCAGAAAUUGUCAGCGGUCUCGAAUCUGCUGCAAGUACCACUACCAUGAGCGGCGACGAACAGUACUUCUUGAACAACUUCAAACUUGUCAUCACAGCCGGAACAGAGAAGCUCAGCGCCUCAGCUGCCGCUACCCAUACUGCGAGUGAGCCUACACCUACUGGAAGCAGCACACGAUCAUCCAGCGCUUCUGCAGCCUCUGCAGCUUCCAGUGCUGCGAGUUCUGGAGUUGCGCAGGCUACUGGUGCAGCUGUCUCGAUGCGCUCGCUGGCUCCAGUCUUGGCGGGAAUGGGCGCUGCAGCAGCCUUCUUUGUUUAA